GAAGAUUGUUAGCUGCUUGGCUCACAUCAUCCUGGAUACUCUGCACUGACAACCGCCGGGGGGAACGGUGACAGGCGUGAGAAAGGAUCACUCAUUACAGUUAAAACAUGGCCUUCAGCAAAGGUUAUCGUAUUUACCACAAGCUGGAUCCACCGCCCUACAGUGUCAUCGUGGAGACACGGAAUCGAGAUGAAUGCUUGAUGUUCGAGUCGGGCGCUGUCGCCGUUUUGUCUGCUGCAGAGAAGGAGGCCAUCAAGAACACAUACACCAAGAUGCUGGACGCGUACGGCAUUUUGGGAGUCCUCCGCCUCAACUUGGGGGACUCCAUGCUCCACAGCCUGGUGGUGGUGACGGGCUGCAGCUCGGUGGGGAAGGUCCAGGACUCGGAGGUCUUCCGCGUCACCUCCACAGACUUCGUGUCCUUGAAGAACGACCCCUCGGACGAGGACCGGAUAUCAGAUGUGCGCAAGGUCCUCAACUCGGGGAACUUCUACUUCGCCUGGUCGUCCACCGGGAUAAGCAUGGAUCUGAGCCUGAACGCACAUCGCCGGAUCAAAGAGGACACCACAGACAAUCGCUUCUUCUGGAACCAGUCCCUCCACCUGCACCUGAAGCACUACGGGGUGAACUGUGACGACUGGCUGCUGCGUCUGAUGUGUGGCGGCGUGGAGAUCCGCACCAUCUACGCGGGCCACAAGCAGGCCAAGGCCUGCGUCAUCUCCCGCCUCAGCUCUGAGAGGGCGGGCACGCGCUUCAACGUCCGCGGGGCCAACGACGACGGACAGGUGGCCAACUUUGUGGAGACCGAGCAGGUCAUAUUUCUUGAUGACAAGGUCUCCUCAUUCAUCCAGAUUCGUGGCUCUAUCCCACUGUUCUGGGAACAGCCAGGCAUUCAGAAAAAGUCUAUUCAGGGGAUAUUGUUUCACCUGAAUCAAAAUCGACAAUCAGGCCAGCAGGCAGCCGAGGAUGUGAACCCGCACCUGGUGGGCUCUCAUCGUGUCAAACUGUCCAGAGGCUUUGAGGCCAACGCACCAGCAUUUGAAAGACAUUUCACUGCACUACGAAGACUGUACGGAAAGCAGGUCAUCCUCAACCUCUUGGGAAUGAAGGAGGGAGAGCACAUGCUAAGCAAAGCAUUCCAGAGCCAUCUGAAAGCCUCUGAACAUGCGGCGCAGGUGAAGAUGGUGAACUUCGACUACCAUCAGAUGGUGAGGGGAGGCAAAGCGGAGAAGCUGCACAGCGUGCUCAAGCCGCAGGUUGGCAAGUUCAUGGAGGAGUGUGGCUUCUUCUACUACUCUGGAGAGAUGGGCGUCCAAAGAUGUCAGACCGGUACGCUUCGUGUCAACUGUCUUGACUGCUUGGACCGCACUAAUAGCGUCCAGGCCUACUUUGCACUGGAGAUGCUUCCUAAGCAGCUGGAGGACAUGGGCCUGACCGAGAAGCCCCAGCUGGUGGCCCGUUUCCAGGAAGUCUUCCGCACCAUGUGGUCCGUCAACGGAGACUCCGUCAGCAAGAUCUACGCUGGCACCGGAGCUCUGGAUGGCAAGGCGAAGGGCGGAAAGCUGAAAGAUGGCGCUCGCUCCGUCACCAGGACCAUCCAGAACAACUUCUUCGACAGCUCCAAGCAGGAGGCCAUAGACAUCCUGCGGCUGGGCAGCACUCUGAACAGCGACUUGGCCGACAAGGCCCGCGCCCUGCUCACCACAAGCAGCCUCUAUGCAUCCCCGAGAGUGUUACUGGGCAUGUGCCAGAACCACCACAAGUACACGCGGCCCAAGCAGAUCAGGGUGGGCGUGGGCACGUGGAACGUCAAUGGAGGCAAGCAGUUCCGCAGCAUCGCCUUCCGCAACCAGACCCUGAACGACUGGCUACUGGACGCCCCCAUGAAGGCCGGACACCCAGAAUUCCAAGAUGGCAAAGCCGAGCCUGCGGACAUCUACGCCAUUGGCUUUGAGGAGAUGGUGGAGCUGAAUGCUGGGAACAUAGUCAGUGCAAGCACCACAAAUCAGAAGCUGUGGGCGGCCGAGCUCCAGAAGAACUUGUCUCGCGACCACAAGUACGUGCUGCUGGCCUCCGAGCAGCUGGUGGGAGUGUGCCUGUUCGUCUUCAUCCGCCCGCACCACGCUCCCUUCAUCAGGGAUGUUGCUGUGGACACUGUGAAGACCGGCAUGGGCGGGGCCACGGGCAACAAAGGGGGUGUGGCCAUUCGCCUGCUCUUCCACACUACCAGCAUCUGCUUUGUGUGCUCCCACUUCGCUGCCGGCCAAUCGCAGGUCAAGGAGAGGAAUGACGACUACAACGAGAUCACACGCAAGCUCACCUUCCCUAUGGGUCGUCUGCUGUACUCCCAUGACUACAUAUUCUGGUGCGGGGAUUUCAACUACCGUAUCGGCCUCCCCAACGAGGAGGUGAAGGAGCAUGUCCGCCAGAAGAACUGGGACGCCCUCAUCGCCGGGGACCAGCUGGUCGACCAGAAGAACGCCGGACUGGUUUUCCGGGGCUUCAUCGAAGGCAAGCUGGAUUUUGCGCCCACCUACAAAUACGACCUGUUCUCUGAGGACUACGACACCAGCGAGAAAUGCCGCACGCCCGCCUGGACCGAUCGAGUGCUGUGGAAACGCAGGAAGUGGAACUUCAAUAAGACGGCGGAGGAAAUGAACGUGGUGGGUUCCCCGUCGGGAGCUGAGGAGGAGGAGGACUUCAACUGGAGUCCAGGAAUACUCAAGUACUAUGGCAGAGCUGAGCUUAAGACCUCUGACCACAGGCCAGUGAUGGCCGUAAUUGACGUGGACGUGCUGGAGGUGGACCCCGAUGCGCGUCACCAGGUCUACAAGGACGUCAUUGCGCUGCAGGGGCCUCCCGACGGCACCAUCCUGGUCUCCCUCUGCAGCUCCGGCCCAGACGACUACUUCGACGACGCCCUCAUCGACGAGCUGCUCGACAAGUUUGCCGCUUUCGGAGAAGUCAUUCUCAUCAGGUUUGUGGAGGAGAAGAUGUGGGUGACCUUCCUGGAGGGGUAUUCUGCUCUUGCCGCUCUGUCUCUCAGUGCCUCUGAGGUGUUGGGCAAGACCAUCGACGUGCGCCUGAAGAGCCCUGGCUGGAUCAAGAGCCUGGAGGAUGAGAUGAGCAUUGAGAGGGUGUUUGGCAGCAUCCCCACCUCGGCCAGCUCCACGCUGCUGGCAGAGGACUCCUACGUGGGGGAUGACGAGUACGACAUGGAGGGUGACGUGGAUGAGGAAGUGGAGGAGAUUCUCCCUCAGCACCUGCAGCCUGGCGCUGGUGUGGGCCCCGGCUCCUCCCCACUGCCCUCCCCUCGUACCAGCCCUUGCCACUCACCCACCCACGGGGAGCCCACAGCCCCCAGCCGACCCAGCCGCGCACCCCCUCGCUCUGCCGGACCGCCGCAAGGAGGUGCAAGUCCUUUGCCUCUCAGGAGAGAACUUUCAGGCUCUCCAGUAGACUCGGCCAUGGGUGCUCCGUCAGGGGGUUUGGAGCCCAAGCGCCCCCCUCCCCCGCGACCCAACGCCCCUCCGGCUCGCCCCGCACCCCCUCAGCGCCCCCCACCACCCUCAGGGCGCGGCCAGCCUGCUGUAGGAGGGCCAACACCCCCUGGACGGCCGAAUGCUCGUGCUGGAGUUAUCAGUGUGCCGCCGGUCUCCCGCCCCCCUCCUCCAUCCCACCCCGGCGCUCCCCGUCCCAGCCCAGACGUGCACCCCGGCGCCCCAAGGCCCGCGCCUGACAACCACCCUGGAGCACCGCGCCCCAUCCCCGAAGCCCAGCCAAGACCAGCCAUGCCGCCUGCCGGUGGUCCGCCUCCUCCAAUACCAGGACCAAUGAGACCGCAGAUGGCACCACCCAUGCAGCCACAAAUGCAGGCCCCCAUGCAACCGCAGAUGCAGGCCCCCAUGCAACCGCAAAUGCAGGCCCCCAUGCAACCCCAAAUGCAGGCUCCCAUGCAACCCCAGAUGCAGCGUCCUAUCCUGCCUAUGCAGCCCCAGCAGGCUGCUGGUGGUGCUGCUCCGCUGGCGCCGUCUCCGGUGGGUCCUCCACAGUCCCUGGCCUCCCCCAAGGCUCCGCCACGCAGCCGCUCCCACCAGGCGCUGCCCCCGGAAGGUCAAGCCCCUGCACCGGCCGCCGCUGCACCCUCUCCUACUCCUGCUGCUGCGCCUCCAGCAACACAGAUCAACGGACUGAACGGCCUCCAGCAAGAAGCACAAUGGAAACCAGACCCCUUCGACCCGCUCGCCCGCUCCGACCUCUUCCCCGCCCCCGGCCCGGUCCCAGGCCAGGCCCCCUCCGCCUGGCUCAACACCCAGUCCCUCACCCGCAGCAGCUCCCUGCGUUCUGGCCCCCUCCCUCCUCCGCCCUCCUUCCCCCGCUCCAACUCCUCCGCCACCCUCCCGGCCUCCCGCUCCCUCCACUCGGCCCCCCUCUUCUCCUCCACCUCCACCUCCUCUUCCUCCUCCUCCAUGCGGGACUCUGCCGGCACGCCCACCCUCCUCCCGCCUCCCCCUGUACCAUCGCGCAGCCGCUCCCAGGAGACCCUGUCCCGCGCCUCCCCAAACCCCUUCCUGGCCGAGACGCCAGCUGCCUCCACAUCCAUCAGCGGCAGCACCGGCGGCAGCAGUAGCAGCAACCCCUUCACAGGAGGCCUGGCCCACAGCCACCCUCACGUCCAGCCGCAGUUGCCACGCCGCUCCGUCACGCCGGACUUCUCGGCCCAGCAGCAGGCCCAGGCCUCCCUGGCCUUCCACCGGACCAUGUCUGCCAUGUCCGCCACCUCCGCGUUCGGCACCCAUCAGCAGCAACAGCCACCCUCGCUCACGCCCAUGGCCCCGCUCACACCCAUCCCUGCCCCCGCCUUUGUCCCUGCCCCUGCCCUUGCGCCUGUCCUGACACCGGUCCGCGCCCCUGUCCUGGCCCCCGCUCCUGCUCCCGUCCUGGAUACUCGCAAGCAGCAGUGGGUCACGUUCGAGGAUGACUCAGACUUCCUUUCCCAGUCCAAGGCCUCCUCCGUGGCGGCCUCGGCCUCCGCCCCAGCUCCUCUGCUUCCCCUCUCCAUGUCCACACCCAACCCUUCGUCGUUGUUUGCCCAGCCACAGCCACCGAGCUCUGGGUUCGGCGCCGAGAACAGCUGGGGGUCUUCCUCCUCCACCACCAACGCGUUCCCCACCCUGCCACCCCCACUCCCAGCCAGGACUAACCCCAACCACCCACACAUCCCCACACGAGCCAACGAGUUCACUGAGAGAUGAGGGUUGUUCAUUCGGAUGUAUGUGGGUGUGUGUGUGUAUGUGUGUGCUUGCUUGUGUGUGUGUAUGGAUGAAUGGGGAACUAAUGUCUACAGAGAAACAUAUUGGGUAUA